ACUGACAUGACACUUUUGUCCACAUGCACAUGUAUCUUUAACCUUACUAUUGCUCACUGUAUUUGAGAAAAUAAUAAUAAAGUGAUGUGUUAAUAUUGUCAGCCGUGAUUAAUUCCUAUUUUAAACGUAGACCAUAAACUACGAGGUUUUAAAUAUGGAUUGUGAAUCUUCAUCGAAGAAAAUCCUGGUUCUUAGAAAACAAAAUGAAGUAAUUGAUAUUAUACCCUGUGGAAACGGUGAUCACAUCGUAGAAAAGGAAUAUGUUGCCUUGGAAAAAUUCUUUCAUAUUGUUGAGAACAAUAUUUGUGAUACUAACCUAGCUCUAGACAAGAUUUCAACUUUAGACUUGUCUCGAUGUAAUCUAGAAAAUUUGCCAGAUACCUGUAAGGACCUAAACAUUAAAAAAUUGGUGCUGGCUCACAAUAAUCUAUCCAAAGUACCAGUUUGUAUAUACAGCGGAAUGACAUACAUAGAACAUCUUGAUAUCGGUCAUAACAAGAUCGAACAAUUUUAUAUAGCUCCAGCUUGUUUAAAUGUGCUUAAAGUUCUUAAAAUCAACAACAAUUCAUUUAAAUCUCUGCCUCAAUUUAUCACUAAUUUUCAAUGUACAGAGUUGGAGGAAAUCAAUUUUAGCUGCAAUAACUCCACGAGCUAUAAGUUUGCCAAAUUAAGCUGUACAGUGGACAAAAUGAAACUGAAGAAGGUCAAGUUUAAAAAUAGUUGUUUGUUGGACGCCGAUUAUGAGUUUCUUAGAUGUUUUAAUUUUAUCGAAUAUUUAGAUCUGAGCAAUAAGUAUAGAACUUUUCUUAAUACGUUCUACGAGACUGAUAAUCUUUUUCUGAACCUAAAGUGGAAGCAUUUGAAGGUAUUAAAGAUGAACAACUUAUCCAUAGAUAUGUUUCCCGAUGGCAUCUGCUGGGUGGAAACAUUAGAGGAACUCUACAUUAAUAACAAUUCUAUCUCAUGGUUACCCGAUGGCAUACGGUUUCUUGUUAACUUAAAGGUAUUGGAUGUUUCUAGUAAUUUGAUUGUAGCAAUUCCACAGCAAGUAGAAAAGUUAGUUUCGCUAGAAGUUCUGUUAGCAUCUAGAAACAGUAUUGAUACCAUACUAAGCAAUAUGCCUGCACUAAAAGUAUUAGAUCUAUAUGAUAAUUCUUUGGAUUCAAUCAAUAUAGACUGUGAUAAAUUAGAAGAAUUAGAUCUGGAACUAAAUUAUUUCAGCACUAAUGAAGUGGCAAACUAUGAAGAUAAGAAAAAUAGGUUAAGGACGUCUUUAAAACAGUUGGAACUUCGAGCAGAUGGUAUAAAAAUAUUGGAAAAGUGUCCAUCUAACAGGUCUUCCUAUUGUAGUAGAAGUAGUUCUACUUCUAUAAAUGAUAACUAUUGCAAUGAUAUCAUUCCAACGGUAACCCUUUGUGACGAAACGGAGGAUUGGGACUUGCCAGUUCCUUCCAAACCAAAGAAUCCAGAUAUUGAUAGUGCUGAUGAAGAAUGGACAGGUGUAGAAAACUAUCACCACAGAAGCAGUUGCAAAGUUGAUCCAAAGGUUUAUGUCCAUGAUGAAGACUGGAUGUUCGAGGAUGCUGAAUAAAUUGUAUUGAUGCCAUAAUAUAUAGAUCUAAAAAAUGACUAUGUUUUGUAAUUUUACAUUUAUCGUCAAUUAUAUUUUAGAAUAAUUAA